AUGGUGACUUCAUACAAAUCCAUGCCUAAAAUGAACCAGAAACGGCUCGUUUUCACUAUGUUACCUUUAAUGGCUUCAGCUAUCAUCGUGUCGAUCUUCAUUAUCUUCAACCUAUGUCUAAAAACCCCGUUUAUAAAUGUCCAUAAUGAUGCAUCAACAAAGCAAUUUAGCCUCCUUAUAGGAAUCCUAACUAGAGCAGAUCUUUAUGAUCGUCGCCAUUUCCUUCGCCUCAUUUAUGGAAUCCAAUCUUCUCCCUUAGCCCAAAUAGAUAUCAAGUUUGUGUUCUGUAACCUCACGAAAACAGAACAAAGAGUUCUAAUAUCCCUAGAGAUCCUCAGAUUCAAUGAUAUUAUAAUUCUCAAUUGUACCGAAAACAUGAACAAUGGGAAAACUUAUACAUACUUUUCUUCACUUCCUCACAUUCUAUCUCAACCUUAUGAUUAUGUCAUGAAGGCAGAUGAUGAUGUCUUUUUGCGGCUUUUGCCACUGGCAACAUCACUGCAGCCACUUCCAAGAUUGGAUUUGUAUUAUGGAUUUGUGAUUCCUUGUCAAAGUAUGAAUCCUUUUGUGUCUUAUAUGUCAGGAAUGGGGUUUAUAUUGUCGUGGGACUUGGUUGAAUGGAUUGCAAACUCGAAUAUUCCUAAAAACGAUACUUUUGGCCCUGAGGAUAAACUGGUUGGAAGAUGGUUGGAUGUAGGAAGGAAAGCAAGAAAUAGGUUUUCUAAUAAGCCUGCUAUGUAUGAUUAUCCAGGCACGAACGGAAGAUGCUCACAUGAGCUUAUUCCUGAAACAAUAGCAGUUCACAGGCUCAAAAGAUGGGAGCAUUGGCUUGCAGUGAUUCGGUAUUUUAACGUGACCAAGGAACUUAAGUUGUCCAGACUUUACCAUGGUUUGGACUUUUGAGUACUUGAUUUUCAACUUUUCAAAAUGUAAA